AGGGCCAGAUCGAAACUGGCACUCAAAUCUUGGUUAUGGUGGGGGUCAUUGCCCGUACAAUGUAACUGUGGAAGAAACGCGAAGAUCCUCGGGCACUCGAUACAUAUCAUGUCUCUAUGUUGUCGUGCAGAUGCAAAUGCGCAUCACUCCACUACACGUAAAAAAUGCGGACUUUCGAUUGCGAGAUAAGGUUGGGACCAUCGAAGAACUCUGUCUCGAUCAAAAUGUUGCCGCUGUACAAGUUUGCAAUGAAACAACCAAAAAGUGCAAAAUCCAUGUCGUCAUGCCCACCUGAGAGUUUCAGCAGGAAUCAUCUCUGAUUGUUCUGCAUUGUAAAGGAGAGGAGACAGGGCUGGGAGCCUAGAUAAAUCCUUCACUUCUGUACUACGGACCUGCCGCUUCAAUUGUCUGUUCCCACGAGUUGGUAGAGCCCGGAAUGACAAACCCAAAAUCGAAACACCACUCUACAAAGGAGCGAAUGGGAGGCAUGUCAAAAACCAUCCUCAACGUGCUUCCUACCUUCAAGUAGAUCGCCGUCAAAGAGAAUGUUCUGCUUCAUUCGGAGCGCUUUCUGUGAAGGAGACCAGGCGGACAAAUCUGCGCACCUGUCAUUGCAUCAUGAGAUGUACCAUGCUUUCCCGCGAAGAGAAGCUGAUCUCGCGAGCCACUACCUGGAAUGGGAAAGCGCCCCUGACUGCGAGUGAAUCCUGUGCCAUGCUAUCCGUACGCGACAAUUGAGAAUUGCCUUCGGUAUCCGAGCUGCAUGUCACGAGGAACACAUUGUGUAUGCAAGCCAAGCCAGUAUCAGCCCCACCAGACGUUUCGGAUCUCCGAUGGUCCCUGGCGACAUGAGAGUUUGAUUUAUGCAACAGGCCCGCAAACGUGCUUACCAUUCUCCGCAGUGCCAGAGGACCUCACCAGUCUCGGCGUUCUUCAUCUUCAUCUCAUUUCUGUGCACACCAGAAUGAAAGGCAGCUGUCUACCUCCUCUCUCUCCCUUACAUUCUGAACCCCUCUCUCGCGGCCUUCGCAUGCUUCCAUUCUGGAAGGGGGGCUGAAGAUGACGGGUUCCCCUUCCCCUUCGUUGGUGCCUUGGCAGCCUUCUUGGCGCUUGCGGGAUACAUGUGGGAGAGGGUGGGGGACGGACCACAAAGCUCGCACGUUUCAAAUUGUUGAGAAUGGGAGCGUAAGGAUGGUACGUCCGGUCGCGGACGUACGUGCAGCGGAGCACACACACCAGGCAGAGGCGCAGUAGCGCACUCUGCC